CAGUAUAAACAGUUUGCGCUAGUACCCGCCGGUGAGACCCCCGACUUUUCCCACACUGUACAUGACCAACCAGUCCGGGAAAUACAAGGCAGUUUAUUAACAAGAUGGCUACGGAAAACUUGGAAAUGAACGGUGAUGCUGACCGAAACGGCGAGGCGGAGGUACCGCUGCGAGGCCGGUCGAGGAGGCAACAGGGACCCCUGAACAUGAACCAUUAUGCCAACAAGAAGAGCGCAGCAGAGAGCAUGCUGGACGUGGCUUUGCUGAUGGCUAAUGCCUCACAGCUGAAGGCUGUGCUGGAACAAGGACCAGAAUUCACCUUCUAUGUGCCCCUCAUUACUCUCAUUAGCAUCUCUCUCAUCCUACAAAUUGUGGUGGGAGUUAUGCUCAUCUUCAUUGUUAAGUGGAACCUGAAUGACGAAAGCAUGCACUACAAGCUGAACAUCAUGGAAAAUGUGGCCACAGCCUUUGUCUUUGUAAUAGUGGUAGUCAACGUCUUCAUCACUGCCUUCGGUGUCCAGCGGCCCAGCCCAAGUGCCUAAUCACCCUUUAUCUGAUUCUUCACGCCUGCGGAUCAACUUAGUAAAGAAGGACUUCCAUGUUAUUUCUACAAAUGCACAGGAUAUUUAUUCACCAAACUAAAGGUGCAUUUGUUGUUCUGUAAUUCAAUCUCUCAGGCUUGAGGAGAAACAACGUACCCCGAAGAUCAAGUGUCAUUGUCUGCUGUAUGAGUCUGUGAGUGUGUGUUAGGAGGGUUCCCUUCUUCACUAACCAUGUCUAUGGACAAACGGGUGGUUAUUUUUAUUUCAUGUAGCAAUUCUCCCUUUUGUUUCCUCUCAUCAUGCUCAGGUUGCUGAUGCAAAAAAAUGAUUACCUUUACGUAUAAAAGAAACAUAUCAGGAGCAAUAUACUGUGUGUCAGUCACAACCGCUAAAUGUUUCCUGGAAAAAAAAAAUCUAUUGUUAUUUGGAAGUUAAAAUUUCUUAGUAACAGUCAGCAUAGGCCUAGUGUACGUGUACAUCUUGUUUAGAAGUAAUGAAAAAAAAAAACAUAAUCACCACAGCAUAAUCCAAAUGAAUUUCUUAACAGGGAGAGCAACAUGGGCCAUCUUGGCUCUACUGCUGCCCAAGGCACCCAACAGCUUAAUUAUGGGGGCAAAUGUACUGUGUUUUAGUGUUUUAAACCUCAACCAAAUGAUUAAGUGGACCUUACCUGCUUUGUUUUUUAAGUUCCAUGCAAUGUCUAUUGUGUAAUGUUUAAACUGAUUUACAUGUAUAUAUUGGUGUCAGUAUGUGUUUGUGACUUUAAGUGUACUUUAAAAGCUUUUUUUAAAAAAACACAUUUUUGAAGGAAAAAAAGCUUUCUUAGCUUUUGCAAAAUGAU